AACUGUAUAUAUCCAUCUGAUGAGCUCAACACAAACACUACAGUCUGUCUGUUUACUGCUGUGCUGUACUUGCUGCUGCGUGUGGUGUCUGUUUAUUCUCUGUGCAGAAGUUUCUCUACUGCUACUGCAACAGUCCGACAACCUCUUCUCUUCUCCUUGGACUAGGAGGAACCUUCUUCACCUUCUCAGAAAGCAGAGAAGGCCAGCCAAAGCCAUCAGCAGCCAUGACAGCAAUAAAGAAUGGAAACAGACACACACAAGAGGGAAGAGAGAGGGAGACAGUGACAUAGUGGGAGAGAGAGAGAAAGUUGGAGAAUUCGGGCACAUUGCCAACCACCAGCAAUCAGCUAGAAGUUCGGUAUAGUGCUUGUGUUCGGUGGAUCUGAAUCUCUUUUUUCUUUCCCUCCCCAUUAGAAGAAGCACGGCAAGGGGAAGCAGGUCAGGGAUCUCGAUCGAGCUCGAGUUCGAGUUCUCAGAUCAUGGCCACCACCAGGGUCCUCGACAGGCUCGCGGUGUCGGCGGCGGAGCACGGCGGCGGCGCGCUCCCGCUGACCUUCUUCGACGUGCCAUGGGUCUUCACGGGCCCGGUGGAGCGCGUCUUCUUCUACGCCUACCCGCACCCCGUCGAGCACUUCAAGGCCACCCUCCUCCCCUCCCUCGUCUCCUCCCUCUCCGCCGCGCUCGCCGCCUUCUACCCCCUUCUCGGCCGCGUCCGCCCCUGCCCGGGCGGCGGCGGAGGGUUCGAGUUCUGGUCCGAGGCCGGGGACAGCGUGGAGUUCACCGUCGCCGAGAGCGACGACGACUUCGACGAGCUCUCCGGGGACGCGCCCAGGGACGUCGGCCGGCUCUACUCGCUGGUGCCGCGGCUCCCGGCGCGGAACACGGAGGAUGGGGGAUUCUCUCUGGCAGCGGUGCAGGUGACGGUGUUCCCCGGGCAAGGGCUCGCCGUCGGCGUGUCGAUCCACCACGUGGCCUGCGACGACUCCAGCUACAUGCACUUCAUGAAGACCUGGGCCGGCCACUGCCGCGCGGCCGCCGGAGGGGAGGAAGACGCGGUGCCGCCGCCGCCGUUCCUGGACCGUGCCGUCGUCAAGGACCCCGAUGGCCUUGCCGCCAGGACGCUCGACGAAAUGCGUCAACUGGCUUCCUCCAACGGGCCACCUCCGCCCGCGCCGCCACCGCUACCGAAGCUGGUCAUCGCGUCGUUCACGCUCGGCCGGGACAGCAUCGACAAGCUCAAGCAGCGCGUGGCCGGCGCCGCCAAUGGCGCCGGCGCCGUCCACUGCUCGGCGUUCACGGUGGCGUGCGCGUUCGCGUGGGCAUGCCUUGCUCGCUCCUCCGCCCCCAACGGCUGCUCCUCCGACCGCGCGCACCUGCUAUUCUCGGUGGAGUGCCGCCGGCGCCUGGCCCCGCCGAUCCCGCACGAGUACCUCGGCAACUGCCUCCGGCCCUGCUUCGUGGAUGUCCCCACGGCGGACCUGCUGCUCCCGUCCGCCUCCCCCGACGGCGUGGCGUCCGCGGCGGCGGCCAUCGGCGCGGCCAUCAGGGCGCUGGACGGCGGGGUGCUGGCCGGCGCGGAGGGCUGGUUCCACAGGAUCCUGUCGCUGGUGCCGCGGCGGCCCAUGUCCGUGGGCGGCUCGCCGCGGUACGGGGUUUACGAGACGGACUUCGGGCCCGGGAUGGGCCGGCCCAGGAAGGUGGAGCUGGUGUCCAUCGUCAAGACCCCGGGGACCGUGUCCAUGUCCGAGGCCGGCGACGGGCUCGGCGGGAUCGAGGUCGGCGUCGUGCUGCCGGAGCCCGACAUGGCCCGCUUCGCCUCCUGCUUCUCCCAAGGCCUCGACCAGCUAUGAGAUGAGGAUGACGAAGAAGAAGAUCGAGAGUGUUGAUGUCGUUGUUCAUAUUGCAAAAUUGCAAUUGUUAUUGUUGUUGGUAUACAAGAUCGAGAGCGUGUGUAUAUCUCGGAGAUGAAUAUACUGAAUAAAUUGUCAGACGCGAGCGUUGUGAAUGGGUUCCCGUGGCAUGAGUGAAUAUAUAAUGAGUGGUCAUAA